AUGUCGGUUGCUGAUCAAACAUCUAUGAUGCAAAUGUUCAAAAUGUAUUCUUUAGUUAUUUAUUUGAUGUAUGCCAAAGGACAAAUGCGAGAACCAUCUGAAUAUCCUUGUGUUAACACUAAUUUUACUGUGACAUUUACACUCUCUGACUCUUCUCAUUCGGCAUGGAAAUCUUCAUCAAAUUGUUCUCUCUCUCAGUGCAGCACCAAUAACAAUAGUUGUCGCUUAUCAAUGACACCAUGUUUUGAUUAUCAUACAAUUAAUAAUAUUAGUUAUUGUGCACCUGCUAGUCUUUGUUCCAUCUUAGAAACUUGUGAUAAUAUUACACAUACAUGUUCAUCAAGUGCAUCUGUAUGUGUUGUUAAUUCAUGUUGUGUAACAAAGACAAUAUGUUUACCAUUAUCAUGGACUACGUUGUGUACAUCAGAAAGUCUGUUUUUUGUCAUAAAGAGUUUUUCUAUUCAAACUAAAAGAUUGUAG